AUGCCAGCCGAAAUUCCUGUUUGUGCUCUAAAUUCUCCAUCGAUUGAAUACUCUUUUCGAAGUAAAAAUAAGAAUAAUUUUAAAAAAAUCGCUGAGAGAACACAUUUCACGUACAGAGAAGUGGAAGCUCUGGGUGUGAUACAUCGAAAAAUUUUACGAACUUGCGGUCCAAUAAAUCGUUCAAUUUUACGCGACAUAUUUCAUUCUGGAUUCGAUUUUACCGAAAAUAAACGUCAUCAACAUAUAGACAGAUUAUUUGCCGUUAUCGAUAAAACGAAUUCUCUUCAAAUACGUAUGGAUCAUUGGAUCGAAGCUCUCUCUAUUAUCCUUCGUGGAACUUUGGACGAAAGAAUAAACUUUGCUUAUAAGGUCUACGAUUUAUUAAAAACAAAUAGAUUAAGAAAGGAACAAAUGUUUCCAAUGAUGAGAGGAUGCUUGAUAGCUCAUUUACCCGACGAAGAUCCAGAUGAUGGAGUAAAGGAUUUGAUAGAAUUAAUGAUCAAGAAACUCGACGUAGAUCGCGACGGAUUCGUUUCUGAAAAUGAUUUUCGAACGGCAGUUAAAGAAAGAGGAGAAUUCUUUUUGGAAUGCAUGGGUCCUGUUUUUCCUUCGAGAGAAGCACAACACGCAUUUUUAACUACAUUCACCGAUAAUAUUGAAUGA